CGCCGUCCUUCGACGUGAGAGAGAUGGAAGCGCGGUCCCCUUGGUUUCACAGCCGCGCUGCGCUGGUCCUUGCCCUCGUCCUCAUCAUGGGGCUGCUGAUCAUCCACGUACUGUUCGUGGACAUCUCUUCCCCAAAGCGACUAGGCUCCGUGCGUCACGAGUCGGACUACCAAGGCGAACGCGGCCACCUUCCCGACCGCACCGUGCCACACGAGUCCGAUUACCAAGGCGAACGCGGCCACCUUCAUGACCGCACCGUGUCCAACCUUCCGCUUCACGGUCCGUCCAUUGAACUCCACGCGCCUACAGGUCCUCAAGACGGCAUCGUCACUUCCACCGAACUGUUUGCCCAGCACGGCAAAACGGACCGCGGCAUGCACUUGCGCAUGAAGAACGUCGACAUCCUCGGAAACCUGACCGCGCGGGCGCAGGACCCGCUGCUGGUGCUCGUGGUGCUCAACGACCACGAGUCAUGGGGCGCCGGGCGGUCCAUCGUCGAUUUCUUCGCCAUGAUCGGCGAGUUUACACAUCCACAGAACCAGACGUCGGUGGCCAUCCUAACGUCGGACGCGACCGAAUUCGACGCCAUCCACGCCCACAUGCAGAACGAGAUCCACCGGUUUGCGCAGUUCAACCUCAUCCUUCGCCACGACUUUGCGGCCGCGGGCCUCACGCGCGGCAACCGCAAGGCGGACGAGCUGCAGGCCGCUAGGCGGCGCAUGUUAGCUCGGUACCGCAACUACCUGCUCCUGUCGACACUAGAGACGUGGCACGAGCAUGUGCUGUGGCUAGACUCGGACGUGCAUGUCGUAGCGCCGACUCUAGUGACGAAGAUCAUCAAGGCUGAUCGGGAUAUUGUGCAGCCGAUUUGCUUUUGGGGGGACCCCCCCUCCACCCACGAGUACGAUUACAACGCGUGGGUGGGGGGUCGACAGCACAUGGGCGGCCUAUCGACCCCCCCCGAUGGAUUUGUUCGGCUGGAUUCGGUCGGUGGCACGUUCCUGUACGUUAAGGCGGAUAUCCACAGACAAGGCGUUCGGUUUCCGCACUUUUACACGAUUGGCGCUGACUGGGAUAAGGAUGGCACGGACGGCAUCGAGACCGAAGGGCUGUGCUAUGAAGCGCACUUCCUCGGCUACCGAUGCUGGGGCAUGCCCAAUGACCCUGUCUACCACGUUAGCGACUAACGACCUUUUGAAUUUGGUAUGUACUUCGAAGUAUAUGAUAAUAGUAGUGAAUCCAGAACAUGAAGUAAUAUAUGGGCGAAGAUGUUAAUGACAGCAGCA